CCGGAGUGGGGAAGCGGAGCGAUUCGGGGGGCGAGCCUGCCCGAAAUGUGGGGAGCGCCGGCUGCCCCGCGGGGCCACCCCGCUCCCCCCGGGCUGCUGCCGCUGACCUGGCUGCUGGCGCUGCACGCAGGUCUGCUGGCAGGGGUGAACAUCACCAGCCCCACGCCGCUGGUGCGGGGCACGGCGGGCAAGGCGGCGCUGCUGUCGGUGCGCUACGCCAGCGCCAGCGCCGACAAGCCCGUGGUCAAGUGGCAGCUGAAGAGGGACAAACCCGUCACCGUGGUCCAGUCCAUCGGCACCGAGAUCAUCGGCAACCUGCGGCCCGACUACCGUGACCGCAUCCGCGUGCUGGAGAACGGCUCGCUGCUCAUCAGCCCCCUGCAGCUGGCCGACGAGGGCGCCUACGAGGUGGAGGUGUCCAUCACCGACGACACCUUCACCGGCGAGAAGACCAUCAACCUCACCGUGGACAUUCCCGUCUCAAAGCCACAAGUACUGGUGGCCUCCUCAACGGUGCUGGAGCUCAGCGAGUUCUUCACCCUCAACUGCUCGCACGAGAAUGGCACCAAGCCCACCUACACCUGGCUGAAGGACGGGCGGCCGCUGAGCAACGACUCGCGCCUGCUCCUCUCCCCUGACCAGAAGAUCCUCACCAUCACCCGUGUCCUCAUGGCUGACGAUGAUGUCUACAGUUGCCUGGUGGAGAACCCCAUCAGCCAUGGCCGCAGUGUCCCCGUGAAGCUCACUGUUUACCGCCGGAGCUCUCUCUACAUCAUCCUGUCCACGGGUGGCAUCUUCCUUCUUGUCACGCUGGUGACAGUUUGUGCCUGCUGGAAACCCUCCAAGAAGGAGAAGCGACAAGCAGAGACACAACCAACCUCUGACUACGCCGAGCAGGACGAGGAGCGCCUGAAGCACGAGGCCGAGGGCAUCCCGCGGAGCGGCGAGCACGAGCGCAAGAACCCGGUGGCAUUGUACAUCCUUAAAGAUAAGGACUCUCCGGAGGCCGAAGAGGAUUCGCUGCCCGAGCCCCGCGGCACGGUGGAGCCCGGCUACAGCAGCUCGCCCGUGCCCGCCGCCGGCCGCUCGCCGGGCCCCGUGGGGCGCUCCGCCCGCCGCUACCACCGCUCGCCGGCCCGCUCGCCCGCCUCGACGCGGACGCACCGCUCCCCGCCGGGCUCCCCGGCGCGCUCCCGCGGCGCCCCGCGGCUGCUGCGGACUGCGGGCGUGCACGUCAUCCGCGAGCAGGAGGAGGCCAACGCCGUGGAGAUCAGCGCCUGAGCAGCGGACUGUGCGCGCUUCGGUGGCGGCGUGCGAGGGGCAGGGACACCGGCACGGCCGCGCUGCCGCCGCCGAGCGAGCGGGGACACCGGCACGGCCCUGCUCCGCCACUGGGCGUCAUUCUGCUCGGCGUAAAGUCACUAAUUUCCUAUUGAUCCCACCCAGAGCUCCCCUCUUCCGUCCCCCGUCUUCCUGGGGCAUCGCUUUAAUGGCUUUCUCGCCGGGACGAGCGUGCACACGCGUGUGCAGAGAGAACAUGCGAUCAGCGCACGGAGAGUGUGCCAGGGGUGCAUGGAGCGUGCAGAGGGAGCGAUGGAGCGCUGCACACGUGCAUGGGGCGUGCAGGAGGGCACGUGGACUGUGCACACGGGGGCAGGCACCAGGGUGUGCAGCAAGUGUGCACACAGUGUGCGAAGAGGAUGCACAGAGCAUGCAGGAAAACACGUGGAGCCCAUGGAGAGCACACACGUGGAGCGUGCCGCUAAGCUGCAGAGUGUGCACAGGGCAUGUAUGGGGUGUGCAGAGUGUCCCCUGAGCCUGCAUGGCCUUUGUGAGCAUGCCAGCCCUGCGUGUGUGUUCCAAGCAUGCACAGAGUCCAUGCAGAGAGCGCCUGUGCAGGGUGUGCAGGGAGCGUGGGGAGGGAACCUGCACACAGCAUUUGCACAGGACAGGCACACAGCACACGGUGAGUGUGCAAAGAGGGUGAGCACAGAGGGUGUGUGCGGUGCUUGCACAAAGCACACACAGAGCGUGCAUGGUGUGUGCGGAAAGAGCGUGCACAACACGAGAAGCUGAGUGUGCUCAGAGCAUGCACAAGAGUGAAUCUGCAGUGCUGGCACAGGGCACGCAUGGAGCCUGCAGUGAGUGUGCAAAGUGUGUGUGCUGUGCUUGCACAGGGUGUGUGUAAUGUGUGUGAAGAGAGCGAGCACACAGCAGCUGAGCAUGCUUGGAGCGUGCACACGCACACGGGGAGCACACACACUGCGCACCCAGCGACCCUGCAUGCACACGUGUGUGCAAGAGCACGGUGCCCGCCAUGGCACAGCUCCCAUGCAUGGAGCAGGACAUGCACUGGCACACAAGAGCAAGAGCACGGUGCCCGCCAUGGCACAGCCCCCAUGCAUGGAGCAGGACAUGCACUGGCACACAAGAGCAAGAGCACGGUGCCCGCCAUGGCACAGCCCCCAUGCAUGGAGCAGGACAUGCACUGGCACACAAGCCACAACACGCACCAGGCGGCCUAAACAGGGGGCUCCCUCCUGCUCCCCAGCUCCCCAGCUGCAAUGUCCCCUAAACGUGGGCUGGAAGCCCUGGUCCAAGCAUUGCCCCUUUGCCAUGGUAGGAUUUUCUGUGAAAAUCCCCCGGUUUUGGGGCUCACGGCGCUGUCUCUCCCCAAGCCUUCAUGGGAAAUAGGUUUAGGAUGAAAAGCAGAGAGCGGCCGGCCAAGCGAGCCGGGCCCUGGGGCACCCAGGGUGGGUGCCGGGGCACCCCAGAGUGCUCGGGGUGCACUACUAACCAAUAAACUAAACGUACUACCCGAACGGUGGUGGCACCCUUGGGUGUCUUUGUGGGACAGGGGUCCCCCAGGGUGGGGGGACACAUGAGAAGUGGCUGACAGGUAAGAGCACACACAGACCCAAUGCACCUGGCUGGCACUGAAACUGGCACUUUAAUGCAUGGGAGAACUUGGGCUGUUCCCUCUGGUACCUACUGAUGGCAUCCUCAGCUGAGAGCCCGUUUCUUCUUAAUUUGUUUUCCUCUGAACAUGGCGAAGGAAAAGGGGAAUUUAUUCUGACUAAUUAAAUUCAUUAACUGCUGGUGUCC